AUGGCUCAUCCCGAGAUUAAAUUCUAUUGGGCGCCUGGCGCUUGCUCUUUAUGCCCUCAUGUUCUUCUGUUCGAAACCGGAGUUUCUUUUGAAUCAAUCGCCAACUUAAUCACAAAAGAAACGGUAGAAUUUACUCCAAACUUCUCGUCCAUAAAUCCCAAGAUGCGUGUUCCCGUUCUCUCACUUGAGGGUGAAAUCAUUACAGAGGUUCCUGCUAUUGCAACAGCGAUAUCUUCAUUUGCUCCGGAACUGCAUCUUUUAGGGCGUACAACAAUGGAAACGAUAAGAGUGUAUGAAUGGAUGAAUUGGCUUAGCGGAACAUUGCAUGCUCAUGCAUUCGGUGGCUUAUUAAGACCGGAGAGAAUGAGUGAUGAAAAAGCAGCGUUGCCGGGUAUUGAGAAAAAGAGUAUGGGAAAUGUCCAGAAUUGUUUUGAUAUGAUUGAGGGAAAGUUGAAUGGCCUGUACGCAGUUGGAAAUGCAUUCACAGUCGUUGAUUCGUAUCUUUUCGUUUUUCAUCGUUGGGGAGGAGGACAUGGCUUGGAUAUGAAGAGAGCGUAUCCAAAAUACACAGCGCUUGUGGAUAAUCUGGUGAAUCGUCCUUCUGUUCAGAAGGUUCUGGAGCUCGAAAAGUCGCAGGCCGAUUCUUAG